AUGGCAGAGGAUAUUGAUUUGCAUAGACCGAAGACUCUGCCAGCACGGUGGAUGCGUGAUGAAGGCAUCUUCCAGCUUGAGAAGAGGGCCAUCUUCUCGAAGUCCUGGCUAUUGGCGUCCCAUACUUCACGCUUCACGAAGCCGGGAGACUAUAUCAGCGGCAGCUAUGUCUUCGAUUAUUUCAUUAUUCUCGACCGCGACGGGAAUUUUCAAGCGUUCCACAAUGUCUGCAGGCAUAGAGCAUUUCCGGUCGUGACUAAACCUUUAGGCUCCACCUUGGUCGUCGGAUGUAGAUAUCAUGGCUGGAGCUACAAUGCAAGAGGAGACCUUGUCAAGGCACCAAAGUUUGACACUGUACCCGGAUUUGAUAAGAAGGCAAACGGUCUCUUCAAGGUGCACACGCAUGUUACCCAACAGGGAUUCAUUUUCAUCAACUUCGACGCAUCUCCUAAUCCCGUGGCAUUUGACGACUAUUUUGGACGACUUCCAUAUGAAUGGCGCAACUUUGACAAAAACAACUACACAUAUGCGUACAGUUGGAAGAUUGAAGGAGAUUACAACUGGAAGACGUUCAUGGACGGGUACCAGGAAUGCUAUCACUGCACUGUCGGUCACCCAGGAUUUGCGCAGACGCUCGAUUUGAAUCAAUAUCGAGUCACGCCCCUGCAAAAUGCUGCGCGCCAUGAAGUGCCGAUUGCGAAGACUCGAACGGACAACUCGACUCCACCUGUAAGGGUUACUGUCACCGACACGAUGUGGUAUACAAUGCGCACUGUGCCUAUCUCUGCAACUAAGACCAGGAUGGAAUACGAUGUUUACCGACGAAAGAACGUGUCGUACGAAGAGCUUCGUGAAUUCAUGAAGUUUUAUGAACAAGUCGAGAAAGAAGACUACGACCUUUGCGUCGCCACGCAGCGGGGUCUUAACGCUGGCAUAUACUCUCAUGGCUUCCGUGAGCUUCCUUCCGUGCAUUCCUCGCGAGUAUUUUGA